AUGAAGCCACCGGCUUUACGGCCCUGGCUUCAUACGGCAACUCUUCCAAGGCGGCCAGGGUUUGGCAGACUCUAUGCCGUCCAAUCGCCCGGAGUCCCAACUCUCCGAAUCUUCAAUGAGAAUGUCAAGUACCUGCAGAAAGAACGAGCUGCCUCGAAUGCGGAAUACAGUCGAAAAGUCGACUAUCUGAAGGAUGAGGUCGCCCAGCGACUGGUGGAUCGUCUUCUUGACAUCGACAGACAAUUUCCUCAGGUCUUAGACCUGGGCGCCAACAGCUGCAACAUUGCACGAGCCCUUUCAAAGCCACCGCUCAUUGCACCCAAGAUACCGGAAGGACAGACGAAGGCGAAGAUCCCCCUCUCAGAGCGAGUCCAGCACCUCACCUGCGCCGACACCUCCCCCACCACUCUUCACCGCGAUGACUCGCUCCCCGCACCUCUGGUUCCGAUCACGCCGACGGUAUUAUCCUCUCUCGAAACGCUACCGUUUGAUGCGAACACGUUUGACGCUGUCUUGUCAUCUCUGUCUCUCCAUUGGAUCAACGAUCUGCCUUCCGUUCUCUCCAGCGUCAACAACAUUCUGAAACCCGAUUCUCCCUUCCUCGCGGCCAUGUUUGGCGGAGAUACUCUAUUCGAACUGCGCUCGUCUUUACAGCUGGCUGAUCUUGAGCGACGCGGUGGUGUGUCUCCGCACAUAUCUCCUUUGGCGGACGUCCGAGAUGUGGGAAAUCUCCUGGGACGAGCGGGGUUUAAAUUGCUCACGGUCGACGUCGACGACAUUAUUGUCGAGUAUCCGGACACGUUCACCCUGAUGACGGAUAUACAAGCCAUGGGCGAGGGGAACGCGAUUUUUCAAUCCAUGGGUGGACCCAUGAAUCGAGAUGUGUUAUUGGCCAAUGAAGCUAUAUACCGAGCACUACACUGCCAUGAGGAUGAAAAAGAUCGGAUACCGGCCACAUUCAGAGUGAUAUACAUGAUUGGGUGGAAGGCUGGUGAAGGUCAGGCCCAGCCCUUGGAAAGAGGGAGUGGAAAAGUCAACAUGAAGGACGUUCUUGGUGGAGGGGAUUUUGGACUGUAG